CCUGUUUUCAACCCCCCGCCCUCGAAGCCAUCCACUCGUUUUUGGCUCACAUUCUCUUCGUCUGUUGUUUUUUCAAUCACUGCGAACUUGCAUACGCUUAGAAUCAUUAUCCAUCACCAUAUCCACAAUGAUCCGUGCCCGACGAACAAACACAGCGGCGCCAAUCGAGGACACCUCGAAUGCCCCCGCGACAUUCACCGACGGUCUUCCACUUCCCAAGCUGAUGGCUUUUGACCUUGACUACACUCUCUGGCCUUUCUGGGUGGACACUCAUGUCACGCCUCCAAUCAAGCCGCGGGACAAUAACUCGCGCUGCACGGACAAAUGGAAUGAAUCCUUCGCCUUCUACCCGCCUGUCUCCUCUAUAAUCCAAUCCUGCAAAUCCCGCUCAAUUCCACUCGCCCUCGCCUCGCGCACCUCAGCCCCCGAACUCGCCCGCGACAUGCUCAAACAGCUACACAUAAUCCCAACCUUCAGCGACAACCCCACCGCGGCGCGCCAACGCUCAACCCGCGCCCUCGACUACUUUGAUUACAUUCAGAUCUUCCCCGCGACAAAGACACAGCAUUUCGCGAAGAUCCACCAGGCGUCGAAUAUCGCGUACGAGGACAUGCUCUUUUUCGACGACGAGGCGCGGAAUCGCAAUGUGGAGACCGAGUUGGGGGUUACGUUUGUGCUUGUUAAGGACGGGAUGACGAAGGAGGAGGUUGAUCGAGGGGUUUGGGCUUGGAGGAGGAGGAAUGGGAUCAAGCCGCCCAGGGAUGGCGAAGGGGAGGUGUUCAAUUAGGGGGAGGGUGAAUGUUUCGUCGGGUUACACGAGAUACUUGGCAUGUUUCUUGGAUAUCGAUACCUGAUGGGGAUAUAGAACACAUUUCGGCAUUCUAUUUGGUACGUAUAAUAUGAUGAUUAAUGGCUUAUGAGCUCAAACUGUCCCUAUGAUCCGCUUGCAUGACCCACGCUCCUUCAAAUCUUAGAAAUGAUACUAUGCCCUUCCACCCCCAGAAAGCCCUCUCCUACGCUUGGACAUUCUUGUCUCGGAGUGCUCUUUUAUCCUCCUAGAAGGCCAAACAGGUAAAAAAAAAACAUACGACGGCAAGAAGUAUGUUUAUCAUCAGGCCUGCCCAAUUGGUGAUACCUUGCUUGAGCGCCAGAGCAUGACCUUGCUAAGUCUUAGCCGGCCUAAUCCUCCCACGGAGCUGAUAAUGUGCCUCUCCUAGCCAGUGCGAGUCUAUGAUCUGCAGGCAUACGGAACCGAGCAAUCAUCGGAGCCGGGUUACUGUCUUUUCACACACCCCCCCGCAACCCCCCCCCCCCUUGAAUUAUCCGUUGCCUAGAGCCAAGGAAAGGACUCUAUCCACCAGAACCCUGGUUUGGCACUGGGCCGGCGGAUGGGUAUUCUGCGCAUAGAGUAUCAAUCGAAGAGCAAUAAUCAUCUUGCCCAACCUGACGAUACACCCACUCCAAGGUGGCUUCUCGCACGCGUCGAGUCAAGUAUACGUCAGACCUGGGACCGCAAGUCUUCCAGCAACAAGGAAUACUUUGUCACCAAAGAAUCUUCCUUCACAAGGCCGAACAGGAGGACUUGACACCGGGCAGCGGCUGAGCGGUAGUAUUCCUUAUCAGUCUCCGAGCCCUGGCUUGCUGAGUAGGUGUAAAGAACAGUCAUAGCGGACAGUGCAAUAAAGGGCGUGAACUGCAAACCAGACGUCAGUAGAUCUAUCCAAGAUGAAGUCUGUCUUAUCUAGGGGCCACACAACGAACCCAAUGUGUGCCAAUAAUCCGCUCCAUGCGAUCAAUAUCAGAAAGAAUGUUGACUAUGUCCAUUGCGGCUGUCACGCAUUCGCCAACGAGAGUAUCGAUUCUUCUCCUUUCGUCGGCGCUGUUUCUAGUGUCAUAGUCUGGCGCCAGCUUCUCGAGGAGGAGAAACCUGUUGGCUAGGACUGUAGUGUGCGAGUGGGCAAGGUUCAGAAAAUCAGAUUGGACCUGUACUACUGGGGAUAGGGGUUCAUUAGUCGAGUUCUCCGGGCUAAUUAUGCUAGAGUAGACCUCUCUCCAGCCCUUCAGGGACUCUGAACAGCUCAUCACAAAGUCUAUCUGCUCAGUGAGAGAGAGUGGGUGACUGGAGUAGGAUUUCUGGAGGACUUUCCCGGUUAUCCCACUUAGCCUAUGGUUGCC